AUGGGUGUGACAUUGGAUGAUACAUUGAACAAUAUGAGAGACGGCGUAUAUACUUUUCGUGCACAUAAAGGAAUAUAUCACAGAAUCGACCAAUUAGUUCCGAGGGAUGGGACUCCUAGGUACUUGCAGUUGUAUUUUUACGAUCCUGAUACUGAGUUAGAUCACAUACUCCGAUGGCCAAAUCUUGAUCGGCGUAUUACUCAGAUUUUAACACGCGUUCUUUCUACAAACCCAUAUGUCGAUACAUUUAGAAGACUUGCGGAACUAGGACCUCUGGACAACUAUAGAGUCACUUUGAAUACUUCGGUUGAACUUGACCAAAGGGUGUACAACCGACCAACGACAUCGGAGGUUGCUGGUAUUUGGGUUGAAGGUAAUGACAAUAUCACUUCGUAUAAACGAAGUAUUGUAGUGUACGGUAGGUCUGAAUAUAGACAAACUAUUCAGCCGUACUUCAGUUGUUACGAUCCAUUGUCGUAUCCUUUAUUUUUUCCUAAUGGUGAGUCGGGUUGGCAUGCUAACAUACCACGUCAAGGAGUAUCAAUCAAUGAGGUUCGCAACAAUGACAACAUCGAAGGAGAAAUGGAAGAGGCUAACACACGAAGUGGUAGAACAACCGUGGCUAUGCGAGAGUACUACUGUUACAAGUUCCAGAUUCGAUCUACCGAUAAUGUGCUUUUGUUCGGUGGUAGGCUGCUACAGCAGUUUGUGGUUGAUGUUUAUAUCAAAAUUGAGACGUCACGCUUAGAAUUUUGUGAGAGAAACCAGGAAAAAAUUCGAGCCGAAUUGUACCAAGGUAUUGUGGAUUGCGUCAAUACUGGCGAGGUUCAUGCAAACAGAGUCGGGAAAAGAAUUGUGUUGCCUUCAUCUUUCAUCGGGGGGCCUCGCGACAUGCGACGUCGGUUUCUAGAUGCGAUGACGUUAGUUCAAGACGACGGCAAGCCUGAUGUAUUCCUUACAAUGACAUGUAAUCCUAAGUGGCCUGAGAUAUGUGAUAACUUACAUGUUGGUCAAACUGCUACAGAUCGUCCAGACCUUGUUUCAAGAGUGUUCCGGGCUAAAUUAGAAGAUCUUAAGGAUCAACUCUUCAAGAAACAUGUCCUCGGGGAAGUUAAGUCAUACGUCUAUGUCAUUGAAUUUCAAAAGCGGGGUUUGCCGCACGCACAUUUUCUCCUAAUCAUGUACCCGCAACACAAGAUCAAUAACGCGGACCAUUAUGAUAAGGUUGUGUGUGCUGAAAUUCCUAACAAACUAACACAUCCCAGAUUGCAUGAGAUGGUUGUCAAGCACAUGAUUCACGGUCCUUGCGGCAAUUUACGAUCAAGCAGUCCUUGUAUGCAGGGUGAUCCUAAAAUUUGUCGUUUUCACUAUCCUAGACAAUUUAACGAACAGACGACACAAGGAGAAGAUUCGUAUCCGUUGUAUCGAAGGAGAGACACCGGGAUAGAAGUGGACCUACGAGGACAAACACUUGAUAAUAGAUGGGUGGUCCCAUAUAAUCCAAGGCUUUUGAUGAUGUUUAACUGCCACAUGAAUGUUGAAGUUUGCUCAAGUAUAAAAUCUGUGAAAUAUCUUUUCAAAUAUGUUUAUAAAGGACAUGACAAACAGGUUAUUCAAGUCGAUCAAAGUGAGCCAGGGGUUGUUAUUAAUGAGAUAAAAAGAUUUCAAGAUGCACGCUACAUAUCGCCCCCAGAGGCUAUGUGGCGAAUUUUUUCCUUCUCUCUUUCUCAAAUCUUUCCUGCUGUUCUAGCCUUACAACUUCAUCUCCCAAAUAAUCAGAUGGUUAGAUUUAGAGAUGAUGACUUGAUGCCUAAUAUUGUUGAUAGGGAAAGGGAUAAGAGAACCAUGCUAACAGCAUUUUUUGAUCAGAAUAGAAACGAUGAAACAGCAAGGGUACAUUUGUAUAAAGAUUUUCCAAAACACUAUACUUGGAAUGGAAGCACACGCCGUUGGAGUCGUCGUUUCGGUAAAAAACAAAGAGGUCGUAUCGUUUCCGCUAAUCCAGCCGAAGGAGAAAGGUACUACUUACGCCUACUUUUGUCAAAUGUCAGAGGGCCUACUUCUUUCGAACAUCUUUGCACAGUUAAUGGUCAACGGUGUGCGACAUUUCGGAAAGCAGCUCUUGAGUUAGGCUUAAUAGAAGACGAUGAAUAUCUAUCACAAUGUCUCGAAGAAGCCUCUACGUUUCAGUUUCCCAAUGCUCUUAGAAGGUUAUUUGCGACCAUAAUGAUUUUUUGCCAACCUGGAGAUAUUCGAAAGUUAUGGAAAGACCACUUUGAUUCACUAUCUGAAGAUCAUCGGUUACACUGUCAAAGUAUAGAACGAGUUCAAAAUAUGGUUCUUACCGAAAUAAGUGUCUUGGUACAAUCCAUGGGUAAAAAUUUCAAUGAAUUCGACCUUCCUAAGAUAACUGACGAUGUUAACUUACAAGAUGCAGGUUAUCGUGAGUUACAAGAAGAGUAUGGGAUUGUUUUGGAACCUGAACACUUGAGUGCCAAACAUUCACUUAAUCCGGACCAAAAAAAUGUGUUUGAUGAGAUCAUGAUGCAUGUUGAUAAUGAUCUUCCAGGCGUGUUCUUUAUUGAUGGUCCAGGUGGAACUGGAAAAACAUUUUUGUACAUUGCCUUGCUUGCUGAAAUUCGGUCACGUGGUCUUAUUGCUCUCGCAACAGCUUCAUCAGGUGCAGCGGCUAAUAAUAUGCCAGGAGGUAGAACGGCUCACUCGAGAUUCAAGAUUCCUCUUAAUCUUGAAAAUAAUUCAAUGUGCAAUAUUAAAAAACAGAGUGGGGCCGCUAAACUGAUUCGCUCUGCCAAAAUAAUCAUAUGGGAUGAAGCGUCGAUGGCUAAACGACAAGCGAUAGAGGCAGUCGAUCGUACAUUCCAAGACAUUAUAGGUGUUAGUCUCCCAUUUGGUGGAAAGAUAAUGGUUAUGGGAGGUGACUUCAGACAGGUGUUGCCGGUUAUCAAACGUGGCACUCGAGCACAGAUUGUAGACUCCAGCGUACGAAUGUCACCUCUUUGGUCUUUGACUAAGAAGAUGCGGUUGACCAUAAAUAUGAGAGCGCUGAAAGAUCCAUGGUUUUCUAAAUUUCUUUUAAGAGUCGGCGAUGGAACUGAAGAACCAAUCGAAGGAAACUAUAUCCGCAUACCCGAUGACAUGACAAUUCAGUGCAACAACAGAGAAAACGCUAUAAAAGAAUUGAUCCAUGCCAUCUUUCCAUCAAUUGAAGAUAAUGUAUAUUCUUCAGAUUAUAUAAUCUCUAGAGCAAUAUUGUCCACUAAAAAUGAUAGUGUUGACGAGAUUAAUAAUCAAAUGAUUGAAAUUUUUCAAGGGGAGGAAAAAGUUUAUUACAGUUUUGAUGAAGCUGAAGACGAUCAGCGCAACUUCUAUCCGGUCGAGUUCUUAAAUUCGCUAAAUUCGGUCAACAUGCCAGAAAAAGAGUUUUUUUGCCAAGAAUCCCUCUAA